AUGGCGGCGGUCGACGACGCCGUCGCCGUCGCGGGCGAUCCGCCGACCGCCGACGCCGCCGACGCGCCCGCGCCCGCGAUCGCGACGACGCCGCAGACCAAGCUCAAGGGCUACGCGUUCUUCGAGUCCAUGGGCUCGCCGCGCUUCCACGUCGCCCCCAUGGUGGACCAGAGCGAGCUCGCGUUCCGAACGCUCUGCCGACGGUACGGCGCGACGCUCGCGUACACGCCGAUGAUUCACGCGCGGCUGUUCGUGGAAGACCUAAAGUACCGAGCGGAGAUCUUCACGACCGUGGAGGGCAUCGCGGACCGCCCGCUGCUCGUGCAGUUCUGCGCGAACGACCCGGCGACGCUCCUCGCCGCGGCGAAGCUCGUCGCGCCGCACUGCGACGGCGUGGACAUCAAUUUCGGAUGCCCGCAACGCAUCGCGAAGAAGGGGCGAUACGGCGCGUUUCUCAUGGACGACUGGAAGACCGUGCACGAUCUGAUAUCCAUACUCGACAAGGAGCUGUCCGUGCCCGUCACGGCGAAGAUACGCGUGUACGACGACUUAGAGACGUCGAUACAGUACGCGGAGAUGGUGCAAAACGCGGGCGCGCAGCUCGUCGCGAUUCACGGGCGGACGCGAGAGCAGAAACGCGCGUCGGACGUUCGAGCGAAUUGGGCGUUCAUAAAGGCGAUCAAAGAGCGGCUCACCGUGCCGGUGAUCGCGAACGGGGACGUGCGUACGUUGGCCGAGGCGAGGAAGUGCCUGGAAGCGACCGGCGCGGACGGCGUCAUGUCCGCGGACCCUCUCUUGGAGAACCCGUCGCUCUUCUCCGAUCCGCCGUUCGCGCCGACGCGGGAUCUCGCGAAUCCGCUUCCGAUCGAGGGCGACGCGAACUGCCGGCUGCUGAUGGAAUACCUGGACAUCACGCAACUCCCGGGGCACCACACGCCGCUGCGGAUGAUCAAGGCCCACGUGUUCAAGAUGGUCGGCCAUUGGCUCGCGGAGUUCACGGACUUGCGCGACUGGCUGAACCGAGAAAAGUACGAAAAGAUUACAAUCGACGCGUUGCGGGCGUGGACGAAGGAGCUCACCGGCCGCGUGCGGUUGAUUGCGAAGAAGGAGGGGCGACUGCGGCCGAUCGCGAAGAAGAGCGAGCGCGCGCUCGCGAGGGAGGCGGCGGAGGAGGCGGAGAGGAUCAAGACGGCGGCGAUCGAGGAGCAGAAGAGGGAGGACGACGCCAUCGCGGGUGCGCGUCGCUUUGGUUUUUUUUGGUUUGGUUUCUUUUUUUCCGCGGGGGGGGCUGUGCGUUUUUUUUUCAUUCUCGACCCGGCCUGA